UUUAUCGUUAGAUGUUUGUUUGUUGCGGUAAGAAGAAAAAAGAUCGUAAACAUUUAUCCUUGGGAAAUCUGCAUUAGUUAAAUUUAAUUUGCUAAGAUGGUCUAUAUUUUGAUAAGACUCUUAAGAUAAUCACAGAGAACAAUAAGACUAAUGUAUUUGAUUAGUAGUAUUUAGGUAAGUGAAAUAGUGAAUAAGGAAUGCAAGUUUUACUGUCCAAUCUGCUUCAAAUAUUAUGAUUGUAUGGAUAAUAGAUUAAGUUAGGUAUGUUAUAAUCAACCUGCUGUUCGAAUUAUGUUUGCCAUAUCUGUGCAGUGUAAUCUCUAACAAAUAAAAUGUAUAAUUGUCAUUACUGCCGGAAUGAGCAUUGCAAGUACGUGGAUGUAGAUCCAAACCAAUAGUUAAAAAUAUAUAUAGACUCACAUCAUAAACUAUGA